UCUACGCUACGUCUAGUUUGAUUCGACAAUCAUUGAUGUACCCUGGCCACUUGGUAUCGCCUCUCAACCCGAACAUAACGAGCUGCUUAAAUUAUUCGUUAAAUUCAACGAUUCCAGGAUAUUUGGCACAAUUGGCUUGGCAGCGAUACGCGAAAUUGGUGCCUUCACAGCCACGAUACGAAAAACCACCGUAUUCUUACAUAGCACUUAUUACAAUGGCGAUUAAUUCUUCGCCGACGAGAAGACUCACGCUGUCCGGGAUUUAUCGCUUCAUAAUGGACAAAUUCCCGUACUAUCGAGACAACCGACAAGGGUGGCAAAAUAGCAUACGCCAUAACUUGAGUCUCAAUGACUGUUUCGUCAAAAUACCAAGAGAAAAGGCGGUUUCGUCGAUCAACGAGAAAAUCCAGUGUCCAGGAAAAGGAAGCUACUGGACGCUCGAUCCUUCUGCCAGUGGAAUGUUCGAGCAUGGAAAUUACCGGAGGAGGAGAAGCUCCGGACAGCGGAGGAGUGCUCCGCAGAUUCGAAACUCGUCCGUCAUUUCUGUAGCGACGGGGCGCCCUAUCGCAGCAACAUUGAACGAUCGAAUUGUCAUUGAAAAACGGAACAAUAUUGGCGAAACGGAGGAUUUAAACAAUUUGAGAAAACUCAUACCCUGCAACGAGAAAUCCUCGAUGUUUACGAUAGAAAAUAUCCUCAAUGAUUCGUCCAGCUUCAGGAGUUAGCCUUCGAAUAAAUAAUCCUUCAUUCGUUUCAUCGCCUUCCGAUGAUUCUAGUUGUCGACCUACGGAUCGAGAAGGUUUCGUUGAAAUAUCGACAGCUCUGAAUACUUGGAUUCCUAUAGAAUUAUUUCAAACAGAAGCUCUCGUCGAAAAGUCAAUACCUUCAUAAUGGUACUCGUGAAUUUGAACGGAAAACGAAGAUAAAAAAUCGACUACUUACGGUUCAACGACUUACGAAAAAAUAUAUUUUACACGAAUUUUUACUUUAAGCUUACGAAAAUAUGAAUACUCGGAAAAUAUUCUACGUGAAUAUUCUUAUCUAUCAGACGAUAUCGGGUCGAAGUACUUUCCUCGUGCUCGUUCUUCAUUGCUAAAAAAAAACACCUAAUAAGUGACGCAUUUUCAUGUUGAUGUAUCACUAACAGUUCAUGGGAACUUUGAAACUGAAUCAAUAUUUUGAUCCUCGUGUUUAAAAUAUAUAUUCUGUUAACCGGUUGACUGAUAAGUCUUUUUUCUAUACUAAAAUUUCGUACUAAAACUGGUACGAGCCUAUAAGUUACCGAAAUACACGAAAAUUUGUUUCUGGGGGUUUUCGAGGUUGCUGAUACCAUUCCCAAACUUAAUAUUCACUUAGCUACCCCUGGGAAAGUAAAAAAUUUGAGAUUUUUCAAAGUGACAUGUUUUUAUGUCAUGUAUUACAUAAAAAUUCCAAGUUUUUUGGGAUACUAGACUCUUUUAUCGAAAUCAAACAAAAUUAACUAUCCCCGAAGGAGUGAAAAAUAAGGUUUGAGAGUGAAAUUUUCAUAUUUUGCAUGUUUUUUAUGACACUAGACUCACUUUUUUGAAAAAAUAAAAAUAAAUUGGGCACCCCUGAGUGGAUGAAAAAUUAGGAUUCAGGGUGAAAACUUAAAACUUUAUUAUAUUUAAAAUUGUCUAAAUGGUUUGUUUUUUCGAUGGGAAGGUUUAAUGCUAUGUUUCAUAAAAACUUUACAUUUUUUAGAAUAUUC